UCAUAUCUCUGAUUUCAAUUUCAAUUUCAAUUUCAAUUUCAAUAAACCCUAACCCUAAUCAAAAAUCAAUCACUCUUUCUCUUUCAAUGGCUAACAUUAACGUUCACGUUGAAACUGGUCAAGACAACAUUGCUCCCUCAAUGCAACCUCUCGCUCCUCCUAAAUCUGUUGACUCUCAAUCUGUUCUCAGAAGGUUGCAGUCUGAAUUGAUGGCUUUGAUGAUGAGUGGCGAUUCCGGUAUAUCCGCUUUUCCUGAAGAGGAUAAUAUUUUGUGCUGGAAAGGAACAAUCACAGGAAGUAAAGACACUGUUUUUGAGGGAACAGAAUACAAGUUAUCGCUUAUCUUUCCCAAUGAAUAUCCUUUUAAGGCCCCAAAGGUCAAAUUUGACACCACAUGCUUCCACCCUAAUGUAGAUAUGCAUGGCAAUAUUUGCUUGGAUAUUCUUCAGGAUAAAUGGUCAUCUGCUUAUGAUGUUAGAACGAUUCUUCUAUCAAUUCAAAGCCUGUUAGGAGAGCCAAACAUUAGCUCGCCGCUUAAUCAACAAGCCGCACAGCUUUGGAACAAUCAAGAAGAAUACAGGAAGAUGGUGGAGAAGUUAUACAAAUUUCCUGCUGCUUAAUUUUGAUCUCAGUGUUCACUGAUUUCACUAUGGAGAAUGUCUUGCUGUGAUCUGCUUAGUAAUAGAGGGGUUGAAUUUUUCAAGCCUGGUCCAUUGGACCUUUUCUUUUCUAUUUUCAAAUGGAGAUUUUGAAUUUUCUAUACAUGAUUGAUUGUAUUUGUAUUCUCUCGUUUGUUUACAAAUUAGUUAAAAAUGAAGUAUUUGUCGUAGAUUAUUUUGUUCAUUAAGCUUUGGGGGGAUACUUUGUACAAGAUUAUCAGAUUCAUCAAUCAAAUUUGUUUUGCUUUUAUUCUA